UUGAGGAGGAGGGGGGGCUCCUGAAUGGGAGCAGUUACUGGAUUCACUUGAUACCACCCAGGAUCCACUCUACCGCCCAUCGUUUUGGUUUUUCUGGGGGCACAAAAACAGAAGCCGGUUAGCUCUUUUCCUUUGGUUAUUCCCCCCCGUCCCCUCUCCUUCUUCACGGACUCUCCGGGCUCAUAAAAUUACCCAGAAAUGGCUCAGAUAUUACCGAUACGAUUCCAGGAGCACCUCCAGUUGCAGAACCUGGGUGUGAACCCAGCCAACAUUGGCUUCAGCUAUCUGACCAUGGAGUCAGACAAGUACAUCUGCAUCAGAGAGAAGGUUGGUGAUCAGAACCAGGUGGUGAUAGUGGACAUGUCUGACCCCAACAACCCGAUAAGAAGGCCCAUCUCUGCAGACAGCGCCAUCAUGAACCCAGCAAGCAAGGUUAUUGCAUUAAAAGACGCUGCCAAAACACUGCAGAUCUUCAACAUAGAGAUGAAGAGUAAGAUGAAGGCUCACACCACGACAGAGGAGGUUCUGUUCUGGAAGUGGAUAUCUGUGAACACCGUAGCUUUGGUGACGGACACGGCGGUCUACCACUGGAGCAUGGAGGGGGAUUCCCAGCCGACCAAAGUGUUUGAUCGUCAUGCCAGCCUGGCUGGAUGUCAGAUUAUCAACUACAGAACUGAUGAGCAACAGAAAUGGUUACUGCUGAUUGGGAUUUCUGCACAGCAAAACCGUGUGGUUGGGGCAAUGCAGCUGUAUUCGGUUGACAGGAAAGUGUCUCAGCCCAUCGAAGGCCAUGCUGCUGCCUUCGGGGAGUUCAAAGUGGAGGGAAAUGCCAAACCUUCCACAUUGUUCUGCUUUGCUGUGCGUUCACAGGCAGGAGGAAAGUUGCAUAUCAUUGAAGUUGGUCAGCCAGCUGCAGGAAAUCAGCCAUUUGCUAAGAAAGCAGUGGAUGUGUUUUUCCCACCUGAGGCCCAGACUGACUUUCCUGUAGCUAUGCAGAUUGGGAACAAACAUGGCGUCAUAUAUUUGAUCACAAAAUACGGUUACAUUCAUCUGUAUGACCUGGAGUCUGGAGUGUGUAUAUACAUGAACCGCAUCAGUGCAGAGACCAUCUUUGUUACUGCCCCUCAUGAGGCCACCUCAGGGAUCAUCGGCGUUAAUAAGAAGGGACAGGUCUUGUCAGUGUGUGUUGAAGAAGAAAAUAUAGUCAACUAUGCCACGAACGUUCUGCAGAACCCUGAUCUUGCCCUGAGGAUGGCUGUGAGGUCUAAUCUUGUUGGAGCUGAGGAGCUAUUUGCCCGAAAGUUCAACACUCUUUUUGCCCAGGGAAGUUACUCGGAGGCUGCAAAGGUUGCCGCAUCUGCACCCAAGGGUAUCCUCCGAACAGCAGAAACCAUACGGAAGUUCCAGAGUGUCCCAGCCCAGCCGGGUCAGGCCUCUCCGCUUCUCCAGUAUUUUGGUAUUCUUUUGGAUCAGGGCCAGCUCAACAAGUUUGAGUCUCUGGAGCUGUGCAGGCCUGUCCUGCAACAGGGCCGCAAGCAGCUCCUGGAGAAAUGGCUCAAGGAGGACAAGCUGGAGUGCUCUGAAGAACUUGGUGACCUGGUAAAGGCUUCGGACCCAACACUUGCUCUCAGUGUUUAUCUCCGAGCAAAUGUCCCCAACAAAGUCAUUCAGUGCUUUGCAGAGACAGGACAGUUCCAGAAGAUAGUGUUAUAUGCUAAGAAGGUGGGGUACACCCCUGAUUGGGUGUUUUUGUUAAGGAAUGUAAUGCGAGUAAAUCCGGACCAGGGACUACAGUUUGCCCAGAUGCUCGUUCAAGAUGAGGAGCCACUGGCCAACAUCAAUCAGAUUGUUGAUGUUUUCAUGGAGGGCAGCCUAAUUCAGCAGUGCACAUCCUUUCUGUUAGAUGCUUUGAAGAACAACCGCCCAGCUGAAGGACACUUACAAACACGUCUCCUUGAGAUGAACCUGAUUCACGCUCCACAGGUAGCAGAUGCGAUCCUGGGGAACCAGAUGUUCACCCACUAUGAUCGGGCCCAUGUCGCUCAGCUGUGUGAGAAGGCAGGACUUCUGCAGAGAGCACUUGAACACUACACCGACCUGUACGAUAUCAAACGAGCUGUGGUGCACACACAUCUGCUCAACCCUGAGUGGCUGGUAAACUUUUUCGGCUCCUUGUCUGUGGAUGACUCUUUGGAGUGUUUAAGGGCCAUGCUGUCUGCUAACAUAAGGCAGAACCUGCAGCUGUGCGUGCAGGUAGCAUCAAAGUAUCAUGAGCAGCUGGGAACCCAGGCGCUAGUCGAGCUCUUUGAGUCCUUCAAAAGUUAUGAAGGUUUGUUUUACUUCCUGGGCUCCAUUGUCAAUUUCAGCCAGGAGCCUGAUGUUCACUUUAAAUACAUCCAGGCUGCUUGUAAGACUGGUCAAAUUAAAGAGGUGGAGCGAAUUUGUAGAGAGAGCAACUGCUACGACGCAGAGAGGGUUAAAAAUUUCCUGAAGGAGGCCAAGUUAACAGACCAGCUUCCCCUCAUCAUUGUGUGCGAUCGCUUUGACUUUGUCCAUGAUCUGGUGCUCUAUCUUUACCGCAACAAUUUGCAGAAAUACAUUGAAAUCUAUGUUCAGAAGGUGAAUCCUAGUCGGUUGCCAGUGGUGAUCGGUGGUUUGUUGGAUGUAGACUGUUCUGAGGACGUCAUCAAGAACCUGAUCAUGGUGGUCAGAGGACAGUUUUCCACAGAUGAGCUGGUGGACGAGGUGGAAAAGAGGAACAGGUUGAAGCUUCUGCUGCCAUGGCUGGAGUCACGCAUUCAUGAAGGCUGUGAGGAGCCGGCUACCCAUAAUGCAUUGGCCAAGAUCUACAUCGACAGUAACAACACACCGGAGCGCUUUCUGAAGGAGAACCCAUUCUAUGACAGCGCCGUGGUCGGGCGGUACUGUGAGAAAAGAGACCCCCACCUGGCCUGUGUGGCUUAUGAGAGGGGGCAGUGUGACCUGGAGCUCAUCAAAGUGUGCAAUGAGAAUUCAUUAUUUAAGAGUGAAGCUCGAUAUCUGGUACGACGGAAAGAUCCUGAACUUUGGGCUAAAGUGUUGGAGGAAAACAACCCUUACAGAAGGCAGCUCAUCGAUCAGGUGGUGCAGACAGCUCUGUCCGAGACCCAGGAUCCAGAGGAGGUGUCAGUCACAGUCAAGGCCUUCAUGACUGCAGACCUGCCAAACGAGCUAAUUGAGCUGCUGGAGAAGAUUGUUCUGGAUAACUCUGUCUUCAGUGAGCACAGGAACCUCCAGAAUCUGCUGAUUUUAACAGCUAUCAAAGCUGACCGCACUCGUGUGAUGGAGUACAUCAACAGGCUAGAUAACUACGACGCUCCUGAUAUCGCUAACAUCGCUAUUAGCAAUGAGCUCUUUGAAGAAGCGUUUGCUAUUUUUAAGAAGUUUGAUGUGAACACCUCAGCCAUUCAGGUUUUGAUCGAGCAUAUAGGGAACUUGGAUCGAGCCUACGAGUUUGCCGAACGCUGUAAUGAGCCUGCAGUCUGGAGUCAGUUAGCUAGAGCUCAGCUACACAGAGACCUGGUCAAAGAGGCCAUUGACUCCUAUAUCAAAGCUGUGGAUCCAUCGGCAUACAUGGAGGUGGUUAAUGCAGCCAGCAAGAACAAUAACUGGGAGGACUUGGUGAAGUUCCUACAGAUGGCUCGUAAAAAGGCCAGAGAGUCGUAUGUAGAGACGGAGCUGAUUUUUGCUUUGGCUAAAACAAACCGACUGGCCGAGCUAGAAGAGUUUGUCAGUGGGCCCAAUAAUGCUCACAUUCAGCAGGUGGGGGACAGGUGCUAUGAUGAGGGAAUGUACGAAGCGGCUAAACUUUUGUACAACAACGUGUCCAACUUUGCUCGACUUGCGUCUACAUUAGUUCACCUUGGAGAGUACCAGGCAGCUGUGGACAGCGCCAGGAAAGCCAACAGCACCCGGACCUGGAAGGAGGUUUGCUUUGCAUGUGUUGACGGCGAGGAGUUUCGGCUGGCGCAGAUCUGUGGUCUUCACAUUGUGAUCCACGCCGAUGAGCUAGAAGACCUGAUUAGUUACUAUCAGGACCGCGGGUACUUCGAGGAGCUCAUUGCUCUGCUGGAGGCCGCGCUGGGCCUGGAGCGGGCCCACAUGGGGAUGUUUACUGAGCUCGCCAUCCUCUACUCCAAGUUCAAACCUCAGAAAAUGAGGGAGCACCUGGAGCUCUUCUGGUCAAGAGUUAACAUCCCAAAGGUUCUCCGAGCAGCCGAGCAGUCUCAUUUAUGGGCAGAGCUGGUUUUCCUUUACGAUAAAUAUGAGGAGUAUGACAACGCAGUCAUCACUAUGAUGAACCAUGCAACAGAUGCAUGGAAAGAAGGGCUGUUUAAAGACAUCAUUGCCAAGGUUGCCAAUGUUGAGUUGUACUAUAAAGCUCUUUUUUUCUACCUGGAAUACAAACCUCUCCUCAUUAAUGACCUGCUGACUAUUUUGUCUCCACGGUUGGACCACAAUCGAGCCGUCAGCUUUUUUUCUAAGAUGAAUCAGCUGAAGUUGGUCAAACCUUACUUGAGAUCGGUCCAGAAUCACAACAAUAAGGCCGUCAACGAAGCGCUCAACAACUUACUUACAGAAGAGGAAGACUAUCAGAGCCUGAGGGCCUCCAUCGAUGCUUACGAUAACUUUGACACCAUCGGCCUGGCUCAGAGGUUAGAGAAACACGAACUGAUCGAGUUCAGACGCAUCGCUGCUUAUCUGUACAAAAGAAACAACCGCUGGAGGCAGAGUGUGGAGCUUUGCAAGAAGGACAAACUAUACAAGGAUGCAAUGCUCUUCGCUGCAGAGUCCAAGGAUGCAGAGCUGGCCGAAACUCUGCUGCAGUGGUUCCUGGAGGAGGACAGGAAGGAGUGCUUUGCCGCCUGCCUGUUUGCCUCCUAUGACCUCCUCCACCCUGAUGUGGUGCUGGAACUUGCCUGGAGGCACAACAUAAUGGACUUUGCCAUGCCCUACUUCAUUCAAGUUAUGAGAGAGUAUCUCACUAAGGUUGAUGAAUUUGCAGCGAAGGUGACGGUGGAUAAACUGGAGGAGGCAGAAAGCCAUAGAAAAACUGAGGAUGAUGUGAAGGAGCCUCAGCAGAUGGUGUUUGGCCAGCAGCUGAUGUUGCCCGCCGCUGCUUCUCCUGUGGCUCCUCAGCCAGCAUACCCGGCUUACGGCUAUCCUGCCCCUAACAAUGCUACUCCCGCCGCCGCUGGUUACCCUGCUCAGCCCCCCUACGGCUACAACAUGUAGACUCCCGAGUCCUCAUUUUAUUCCAGCCAUUUCUCCUGGUUCCGUUCAUCUGAGGGAAAAAAAAUGAUGCACACCUAACCUGAAACCUGCAGCCCAGAGUCCCACCUUCCAACGAUUCUCUGACCUCACUGACUGAAAAUGCAGUAGAAUCUUCAUCUCAAGUUUCUUUAUGCUCUGUUUAAACGAGUAAUCAGAGACAUUAUCAGUCCUACGGCGACCUCCCUGCCAUCUUUCCACUCGGACAUUAACGACUGCAUCAAUAAUCUGAACUGCAUGAAUUCGCUUCUCAGCUGCUGGAGGAGCACCUUUACUUUCACCAAACCACUCUGCCCCCUUGCUGUUCCAUUUAGACUUUAACCAUAGAGUUUCUUUGUUUUAGUUAUUUUUUCGCACUGAUGAAGAAGAGACUUAUUUGAGAAGCAGCGGGAGAUGGAAGGAAUGUGUUUGCUUCUUCUUCUUCUUCCUGUUGAAAGCACUGUUGCGGCCUUAUUUAAUCUGAGGUGGCUUGUUUGUCUCACAAUUGGAUUCACAUCUGUGUCAUGCUCUGUUAGGAAUGACAGUUUCUGUGCAAUAGUUCAUUGUGUCAUUUCACAACAGUUACAAGUAUUUGCAGGAUGCAGACUAAUGACCACUAGUGAAUAAGGUUACAGUCUGUGAAGAGCGUUUCUAUGUAAGGAGCCUCUGGGGUUUUUGUGGACUCAGUGAAACCUUCACCCAUCACACACCUGAUUUCGUCAUUGGACUUUUCAGAGACCCUAAAUUGGACGUCCGAGGAGAAAAAAAAAAUGUUAGAGAAGAAGAAAGCUGGUCAAAAUUAAUAAUAGGUGCAUGUGCUGCCAAUUCAUAAUUCUGCAACCAGGAGCACAACUGUCAUGUCACACUCAACUAUAUGAAGUAUUACAGAUUUUGUGUCCAAAACAAAGAUGUAUGAUACAAAAAAACUUCCCACCAAAUAAAGACAAAAAAGAUGUGGUGAAGCUUCAAGUCUAGAGAUAUAACACCUCCUGGUGCCAGUUGGGUAAACAAAACCGUGUAUAAAUUAAAUGUAAUAAAAAUUCCUAACAUUAGAAGUAAAAUAGUAUGAAACACUAUAUGUAUUGCUUAUAAUGUGUUGUAGUCCUAAUGGAAAAAAAAAAGUAUGAAGAUUUUUUUUUGUAAGAAAAAGGUCAAAACAGCAGCUUAAUAAAAGGUGAAGUCU